GCAGUGGCUUCUGGUUUUGUAAAAAUAAAAAAUAAGUAUGCGAAAUUUCCCGACGCCGUCUAGACUUCCCGUAACAAGCCUCUCACCAUUCCACCUCCCACCUCGAAGCGCAACCCUCGACAAUUCCUCCCCUCGUGGAACAGGGCCAAUUAGCAUCCUAUCGCCGUCCCUUGCACCGCUAAUUGAUCGCUCGUUCCGUCUCUCAUCACAUACCGGCCUAAUGUCUACCACUUCGGGAGUCAACGUGCUCCGGUACUCGGCUCUUGCCCUAGGCGUUUUCUACGGUUUCACGCACCAGAGAAGUAUCAACGCAACGCAAAGGGUCGCCGCGGCAAAGAAAGAGUACGAACACAAGCAGCAGUUAAUAGAGAAGGCGAGGGCCGAAUAUGCGAGGUCCAAAAACCCAACUCUUGCGGCGCCCGAGAAGAGUCCUUUGAACCAAGACCCGAUGGACCCCAACUUCGACCUGGAAGCCUACUUCAACGCCCUCGCGGCACAAAAUCCGUAGGGAUGUAAUAAUACUGAUACCAGACCCGGUGCGCGUGGAAAUACAAUAGAGACUAGGGGCAGAGACGGGAGAGAGGGCUAGAGGUGAACUCGGUGCGGCCGGGGUUGGAUCGAAGCUGCUUCCUCUACCGACGACUUUGCAGGCUCUGUGUAUGAUUGCGAUACGGUUCCAAAAAGACCACCUCAUAGAUUUCCUCGGGUUUCACGCUGUACAUGUGUAAAAUACCAAAACUUAUGCUAACCUAGACCCAUUUGGCAUUGGGAUGGCCGGAUCUUGCAUGACGUUUACGGUACAGCCCUUGGCGGCUGCGUUCGAUUUCUUUGAGUGAAUUUUAUACUGUUUACUAUCACUUCCCAGUAUUACAUGUUGCGUCUACUCUACUAGGCAGACGAAGAUGAGAGGUUUGCCUGGACAGGUUCUACUAACGUCUUAGCCCAUUUACAUAUAUAUGAAAUCUAUAUGAAAAGUCUUUAGUAAAUGCUGAGGCAAUAUUGAGCAGGUGGAUAGCAUUCUGAUAGAUAGACACACUCAAUUACCCAUAUACAUAGUUCAGUAUUGACCUGUAGGAUAUGAAAGACAGAGCUCUUAGUUCGUAUGAUGCAUAUGCCUGAUAAUAAUAAAUAGGUACCUACCUAAAAUAUUUAACAUGAUUUAAGACAGG